AGUUUCAGUACCUGUUAGAGCGCGGGAUGGCCGGGUGCUCAGAUUAGAGGUGUCAGGGUUCGUUAAUCUGUGAGGGAGUGACAGACUCCCACUCACGCUGCUUCUGCACGCGCUCCCAUUCAUCGGCGGCAAAGGGGAGCGGAGCACAGUUGGUGUUGACGCGCGUCGGGGAAUUUCCCCCCUCUUUUUAACAAUGAAUACCUGCAGGGUACAUGCCUGGGUGUUUCUGGUCCUAUUAUUGCAGAACGGGACAUUGGCAUCGCAGUUUCCCACACAACUCAUGAUUAAAGAAUGGGUUGAUCAGAUACAGAAAGAGCUUGUCACCCUGGCAGACACAGCCACAGCUGGGAAGAGCCUCACUCAGAUUUUUCUGAAUAACCAACACCUGUACAGUGUUGAGCAAAACGACGCAGAGGAGCUGGUGGCCAGAGCAGCCACGAAAAUUGAACAGCUGCUGCGGAAGAGAUCUGCUGCCUUGGAGAAACUGGCCACAGCUGCUGAGAAUUUCCAGAUGCAGCAUAACUGGAAAGACGAUUUUGAGGGUGAUGAAAUCUCCUACUACAAUGCAAAGGACAAUCUGGAUGCAAAUGAGACAGAGGGAAGAAAAUACAAGAUUCGACCAGACUUUAUAGAGGAUCCAUCAUUUAAACGUUUGACUGAUCACAACCACACGGCUGUCCACAUCCCUACUGACAUCUAUGAUGGCUCCACCAUUGUGCUGAAUGAACUAAACUGGUCGGAGGCACUGGAGGACGUGUUUAGAAAAAACAGAGAGGAUGACCCGACCCUACUCUGGCAGGUGUAUGGUAGCGCUACGGGCCUGGCUCGCUACUACCCAGCUUCUCCCUGGAUGGAUGCUCGCAAGACCCCCAGUAAAAUUGACCUGUACGAUGUCCGCAGGAGACCAUGGUACAUUCAAGGAGCUGCCUCACCCAAAGAUAUGCUAAUCCUUGUGGAUGCAAGCGGGAGUGUGUCUGGCUUGACUCUCAAACUGAUCCGGACUUCCGUCAGUGAGAUGCUGGAGACUCUGUCUGAUGACGAUUAUGUCAACGUGGUUUAUUUUAACACCAGGGUGAAGAAGACGGCGUGUUUCGACCAUCUGGUUCAAGCCAAUGUGAGGAACAAGAAGGUGCUGAAGGAUGCUGUUCAGAACAUCACAGCUAAAGGAAUUACAAACUACACAAAAGGCUUUGAGUUUGCUUUUCAGCAACUCUCUACAACUAAUGUGAGUAGAGCGAACUGCAACAAGAUCAUCAUGCUGUUUACUGACGGAGGAGAGGAAAGAGCUCAGGCCAUAUUGGAGAAGUACAAUGCUGACAAAAAGGUGAGGAUCUUCACCUUCUCAGUAGGACAACACAACUACGAUAAAGGACCCAUUCAGUGGAUGGCCUGUUCCAACAAAGGUUACUUCUAUGAGAUUCCUUCUAUUGGAGCCAUCAGAAUAAACACACAGGAGUACCUGGAUGUCCUAGGCAGACCAAUGGUAUUGGCAGACAAACAGGCCAAACAAGUCCAGUGGACUAAUGUUUACCUUGAUGCUUUGCAACUGGGUCUGGUCAUCACUGGGACACUACCUGUCUUCAACAAAACGAAGACCAAAGAUGACAGGAAUGGCGAGCACCAGAAUCAGUUGAUUCUUGGUGUAAUGGGAAUAGACGUGUCUCUGGAUGACAUCAAGAAGCUCACACCACGCUUCACAAUUGGUCCAAAUGGGUACUACUUUGCCAUUGAUCCCAAUGGAUACGUCCUGCUGCACCCCAAUCUCCAGCCAAAGGAAAGAAUUCGUAACAGGAAGCUCAGGCUAAAUAAUAAGUAUGCUGUCACUUUUCACGAGGAACCUGUUACCCUAGACUUCUUGGAUGCUGAGCUGGAGAAUGACGUCAAAGUGGAGAUCAGAAGAAUGAUGAUCGAUGGGGAGACAGGCGAACACACCAUUAACACUCUGGUGAAAACCCAGGAUGAGAGGUACAUCGAUAGAGGAGUCAGGACCUACACAUUUGCCCCGGUCAAUGGAACAGAUUACAGCCUGGCUCUUGCUCUGCCUCCAUACAGUGAACACUUCAUUCAAGCUAAACUGGGGGACAACAUGAAAAAAGCUAUGUCAUCUUCUUGGGGGCAGGAAGCCAUGGAAACCAUACAGCAGGAGAGUUUUGAUGAGUUUGGUUACACCUACAUCGCUCCAAGGGCAUACUGCAAAGAGCUGAAGUUGUCACUCAACAACACCCAGUUUCUCCUCGACUUCAGCCAGUACAUUGAUAGGAACACUACAGAUGCAUGUAAUGUAUCCCUGGUGAAUCGACUAAUCCUGGAUGCAGGUCUGACAGCUGAACUGGUUAAACUUUGGAAUGAGCAGACAGUGGAUGGGAUAGUGGCCAGGUUUGUAGCCACAGAUGGAGGAAUCACAAGAGUCCAUCCAAGAAGUGCUGGGGAAGAGUGGACUGAGAAUCCUGAGACAUAUGAGUCCAGCUUCUACAAAAGGACCCUGGACAAUGAAAUUUAUAUUUUCACAGCGCCAUCUUUCAACCCAGAAAGCAGGGAGCCUGUUUCGGACUCAGGUAUUCUAGUGAGCAAAGCAGUGCACAUCACGAUUGACGAAGUCACGCUCAAACCAGCUGUAGUGGGAGUAAAACUGAAUAUCUCAUUCUGGAUGAACAGUUUCAUUAAUGCUACAAUGAAACAGAAUUGCAAGGAUGAGAUCUGUGGCUGUCUAAGGAAUGACAAGCAUGUAGACUGUGUGAUCCUGGAUGAUGGGGGAUUUCUUCUCAUGUCCAACCAGGAUGAGUAUAUCUCCCAGAUAGGUCAGUUCUUUGGCGAGGUGGACCCUGUGCUGAUGAUCAGCCUGGUCAACACUUACCUGUACGCCUUCAACAAGACCUAUGACUACCAGUCUGUCUGCGACCCAGAGAAAGACAGCAAGGCAGCAGCAGGACCCCGCUCCGUCUAUGUGCCUACCAUUGCAGACCUUCUCAGUAUUGGCUGGUGGGCUUCCAGUGCUGCCUGGUCAAUACUCCAGCAGCUCUUCUUUGGUCUCAUGUUCCCCAACCUUCUAGAGGCAGCGGAGUCAGCAGAUGAUGACAUACCAGAUGCCAUGUUUAAGGAAAGCUGCAUCACAGAGCAGACUCAGUACUUCUUUGACAAUGAUGAAAGAUCCUACUCAGGUGUCCUGGACUGUGGAAACUGUUCCAGGCUGUAUCGUGCAGAGAAGCUGCCAAACACCAACCUAGUGUUCCUGAUCACUGAUGCCAAGGCAACGUGUUUAUCGUGUGACCCAAGGCCGCUUCGACAGGCUGAACAACCCUCUGAAGGUCCGGAUCCAUGCAAACUGGCUCAGAAUCCCAGAUACCGCAAAGGGCCGGACGUGUGUUUCGACAACAAUGAAAACGAUGAGCCCUUGUGUCCAACCAGCAGAGGUUCUACAUUGAGCCCCACACCUCUCUUAUUAUUUCUGGCGCUGAGGUCAGGGAGGAUGAUUCUGACUGUGGAGGUGGGACCUGCCUAAGCCUGUGUCUUUGGCCAAUGGUUGGGCUCCAACUACUGCUGCUGUGGCUCGUAACAUCUUUCCAACACUCAUGACCCUAAACAUAGACACGCAGACACACACACAUACACACCAUUACACACCGAUCAUCAUUUCAUCAAACAUGAGGCCACAAUACAUUCCAGUUAUGCCAUCCAGGAUGUAUGCAAAGUAUUUUCAACAAUUUUGUUUUCUGACGAAAAAGUAUGAGUAUUUCCAUUUUCCAAUGCCAAAGGUUGCUUGUUAAUUUCCUACUUAUCAUCUUCAAAAAUAGAGACAAUUUUACUGUGCUACACUGCACUGAGUUCUAUGAUUUCCUCCUUUAUACUCUCUUAUGGUGCAAGAGUAAGAGCUAACCAAACCCUUUAAUUCUGCCUCUUUUGUUUCUCUGAUUUAUUAAGCGGAGGUUGAAGAGUCCCACUAUGCCAACUAAAUAUCCAUUUAAUUUAAAUGUUUUUUAAAUGUACUGUACCUGUCUAUUUAAAUCUUUUGUACUCAAAAUUAACUAGCAUUACAUGACAAGUUAGGUGUUGUAUUGUAGCAGCAUGUGCUCAGUACAGAGCUAAAGACAACACUAUUACUCUGACACCAAAGCUCACAAAGUACCAAGGACCACAGAUAUAACCGUACCAAGGACCACAGAUAUAAACCUACUACGGAGAAUCUUCAGGCUAGUUUAUUUUAAGGGAUUUCUCAGAUGUGGGUGUACUCCAGUAUUAAAGUUACAACAUUAUCCAGAUAGCUAGACGGAUAGCUUAGAUAUCUCGCUGAGAAAAAAGUGAGAUCAUGUGAAUCAAAAUCUAUUAGGAUAUUACAAUUUCAAAUAUGUUUGUACUUGGUCUAACAACUUUGGUUCUCUUCAAUUCCAUGCAUCAAAUUCCCAGUGCCUACAUAGUAGCUCAAACUGUCUGUAAUCUGAAUGACCAAUGAAUCAGAGUUGUAUUCUUAUCAUGUACUGUACGCGUGUAUGCUAAUGCUUGCUGCAGUAUAGCAGAGCGGGUAGUAGUAAUAUGUUUUGAAUUGGGCCAAAACUGCUGCCGUUAUUCUAAUUUAUUUGGUCCGGAAAUCAGUAGAAAUAACCAGUGAAUUUUGAUUGUAUUAGAGGAAUAUCAUGUUCCUCAAGUUCAAAACAAACCUAAACCAGACCUGAGCUUUGUGUUCCAACACCUUUCUCUUUUAGUCCUGUAUCUGUUCCCUUUGUGGAUCAUCAGACUCAGGAGCCAAGAUGACUUGUGAAUGAGAUCAGCAUAUCAAAAUGACUGUUUCUUUGUGUUAUCUUCUUGCUGUUCUCUUUUUGCUUGUUUCCUCUUUGUUUUAGUGCUGUGAAGCAGGCACUGAGGGCUCAGUGUCGAAAUGCUGCAAUGUCAUGGGAUGAGCUUGUUCUGUGUUUGAACGCUGUCUAUACCUUUGGUCAGCAUUAGGGCCUGUUGGAGAGAACUUUGAGAAUAUACUACUAGCAGUGGUAAUUUUGCAUUGCCUUACAUUACCAUAAGUCAUAAAAAUCAGUAAUCAUAAGUUUUUAAUUUUUCCUCUUUUUAGCUAUUUUAAGUUAAGUUCUCUCCAUCUCGCCUUCAUGGUGACCUUGUUGAGGUUAUGCCUGUCUAUCAAAGUUGCGUGUUGACUUGUGUUUUACCAAGGGGGUCCCUGGUCUAUGUGCAGGCAUGUGUGUGCCCCUCUGAUAUCUGAUUGUGCUUUAAUACUGUACAUGAAUUACUCUUUUGUGGAACUUGACUAGCCUGAAUACAUUUUGUAUACAUUUGUACACUAAUAAUAUUUACUGUAUAAAAGAGAAAAUGAAAGAAAAGAAAAAUGUUUCUAAUAUGGUGUUGAUUAUUGUGCAAAUAUAAUAUAUUCACAAUAAAAGUGUUGUAUUGUUAUGAGCUGA